GAUGAUGACGAUGAUGAUAAUGAUGAUGAAGAAGAAAAAGAUGUGCAGUACUUGCAGUACCAGAUGUCGCGGUAUGCAAAGAAAUCGAAGAGGGAAGAAGAAGAUGCCUUGGUACGAGUUGUUCAAGAAAUGCUUGACAAUUUCGAAAACUGGAGGACUGAGUGUAGAACUGAAGAAGAUUUCAUUGACCAAGCAUUGUAUCCGUUUCUGAGAAACAUACUCUUGCGUGACAAGAAUGUCUCAUCCACACGGUCCUAUAGAAAAAUACCAUAUGGCCAUCCCAAUUCAGACAGCAGCAGCAGUAGUAGCAGCAGUGGCAGCAGUAGCAGCAGCAGCAAAGCUAAACUCGAUUUUUUCGUCUUUCUGCCUAUCGACGAUAAUUCUUUUGGGUUGCUUUGCGUGGAGGUCAAGAAGCCUGGCACCAAGUCAAGUCAAAUUUUGAGUGAUCGCUCUAAGCUGGCUCUAGAGUGCAAACGAUCUAUUGAUCAUCAGGUGUCUCUUGGUGUCCGUACACCUAAGUGCUUUACGUUGUUUGUUGAUGGUGAAAUGUGUUCUUCUUUUGUGUGUGAGUUGACCCCACAUGGAAUCUACACUUUUGUGGAACUUGAUGUGUUUUCGCUCCCUCGCGGAAAAAUGGAUCUGGGCUCUUUUCCUGACACCGUCCUCUCUUUCUGUUGGCUUAAAGAGCUAAUAAAUGAACAAAUGUCUUGUAUCUACAAGAGAAGAAAGACAAAUUCUUUUGCUUCUUUGACCAAGCUUGUAACGCCUACAGUUGCCCUGCCUCUGAAGAAAAGCAACCUUGAACAAUAAACCUGUUUUCUUUUUUUUUUCUAUUUGCUUCGUACAUAUAAACCCUGAUAAUGAUUUUAUCUGAUUUAGCAGUAUUUGGCUUUUGAAAAUAAUGAAUGACAAUCAUAUUCAGAGCUUAUAAGAACACACUUUGAAUAGGCUACUUCAUAAAGAAAAUAACUUGAUUCACUAGCUGUAUUUUAAGAAAGAAGCACAACCAAAACCUCAUCUUACAAAAGUAUUUAUGC